AUGGGUUUUGACCGUGGUGGCCGUGGUGGUGGUCGAGGAAGAGGUGGCGGUGGAGCUCCUCGAUUUUCAGGAGGCGGUGGACGUGGUGGUUUUGGCGGUGGUGGUGGUUUUGGCGGCGGUGGUCGUGGUGGCGGCGGUGGUCGAGGAGGCGGCGGUGGUUUCCGUGGACGAGGUGCUGGCGGUCGUGGUGGAGGUGGCCGAGGUGGUGGUGGAAGGCCAUCUGGAGGACCUGGAGGCUUCAAAGGCGGUAAAAAAGUUAUAAUUGAGCCUCAUCGUCAUGCCGGAGUAUUUGUUGCCCGUGGCAAAGAAGAUGCACUUGUCACCAAAAACAUGAUUCCUGGAGAAACCAUUUAUGGUGAAAAGAGAAUUAGUGUUGAUCAGACUGAAGGAGACAAAAUUGAGUACCGUGUAUGGAAUCCAUUUAGAUCAAAAUUAGCUGCUGCUAUAUUAGGUGGUAUUGAUGAAAUCCAUAUGCCACCUGGCUCUAAAGUAUUAUAUUUAGGUGCUGCUAGUGGAACGACAGUAUCUCAUGUUUCUGAUGUUGUUGGACCUGAAGGCCUUGUUUAUGCAGUAGAAUUCUCACACAGAUCCGGUCGUGAUUUGAUUAAUGUUGCUAAGAAAAGAACUAAUAUCAUUCCUAUCAUUGAAGACGCACGACAUCCACAUAAAUACAGAAUGUUAAUUGGAAUGGUAGAUACAAUUUUUGCUGAUGUAGCUCAACCUGAUCAAGCUAGAAUUGUUUCAAUUAAUGCACAAUAUUUUUUAAAGAACGAAGGUCAUUUUGUAAUAUCUAUUAAAGCAAAUUGUAUUGACAGUACUGCUGAACCAGCCGCUGUAUUUGCACAAGAAAUCGAGAAACUUAAAACUGAUAAGCUGAAACCAACUGAACAGCUUACACUGGAGCCCUAUGAAAGAGAUCACGCUGUUGUAGUAGGCGUAUUUAGACCAGUUCCAAAGGGAAAGUAA